UGGCCCGGGGCCGCCUCUCCGCCCGCUCCGCUCCGCGGCAUGGGUGCCGAGCGGGAGGCGCGGGCCUGCGCCGCUUUCUACGGAGAUGCGGGGCGAUGCGGGCCGGGCCUCGCCGCGCUGCGCUGCGUGCGCUGCCUGCAGCAGUUCGCGGGGAGCACAGCCAAGCGGUGCCGGGACAAGCACCUGGAGGAGGCCCUGCAGCUGGCGCGGACGCUGGGUGAAGAGCUGCGGGCGCUGGGUGAGACGGAGGCGCAGCCGCUGCUGCGCUGUGUCCUGGCCUUCCAGCUGGAGGCAGCGGGCAGCUCCAGCGCCUUCCAGAAGCUGGAACAGAUCGUGACCCAGCUGGCCGUGGGCCAGGAGGCUGUGCUGGCGCAGGAGGUGGGCACUCUGCUGGCCGGGCUGGCACUGCACAAAGAGGUGCUGUCACCUGAGGACCUUCAGGCAGUGUGCAUGUUCAUAGAGGAGAGCAGCCUGGGCCGGCACCACUGGCAACAGAACAUGGCCCCACUGCUGCAGCACCUGGCCCACACCCUGGGCUAUGUGUUGCAGGGCCAACCGGCACCAAGCAGUGCUUGGGGCUGCCUGGCUGUCAAGGCCUGCCUCCAGCUCUUCCAGGCUCUGCCAAAGGAUGUGGCCCCACUGGUAUGGAGUGCAGCAGCAAAGAGUGAAGCUCUGCAGGACAUCCUGAGACUUCUGCUGGAGGUGGUGGCAGGGAAGGCCCUGAGCAAGGACAUGCGGCUGCUGGCAGGCACAGCGCUCAGCAUGCUGCUGAACACAGCCCCACAGCUCGAGAGCGGGGCCAGCGCUGCACUCGCCCUCUUCCAGCUCACGGACAGAGCAGAUGCAGGGGAGCUGCGAGUUGGGGAGCUGGUGGUGGAGGCUCACAGCAUCCCAGAGGCGGAUGGGCUGGAGAAGCUGGCGCUGAGCAGGGGGCUGCUGACAUGCUGCCGGGCAGACAUCCUCUGCUGCCAGCUGGAGGGCAGCACCUGUCAGGCCUGCCUGCUGCUGGAUGUGCUUUUCCCCACUGUGUGUGCCCUGAGCAAGGAGCAGAAGGACUGCCACUACCACUGCUUCCAAGUCAUGGUGCUGUGGCUGCGGCGUGUCCAGGAGAACCUGCCCAAGCUCUGGCACCUGCGGGGCAGCCGCCUCCUGGCCAAGGAUGCUGAGCUGCUGCAGGAGCUCACCCAGCUGGUAUGGGACAAUGCCGAGGCUCCGGUAGAGGGCGUUUCCGAGUUCAUCCAGAGCUCCUUCCGACUCCUGCUGGAGAUCUACCACCUGGAGUGCCAGCACUUUGAGGACCAGGAGAGACCCCUCUACCAACAGAUGUUGCAGAGGGCGGUCUCAAUGCCGUGGCAGAUCAAGGCCAGAUAUGUGCCCCUGUGUGCCUUAGUCCCCUACAUGGGCAGCCAACAGGUGCUGGAUGCCUGCCCCACGCUGCCACAGCAGCUCCUGAGCUGCCUGUCCACCAACCACCUGUGCCCUGUGGCCGCUGAGCUCUACAGGGCCCUGGUGCGGCAGCAGUGCUCCCAGGAGCAGGGUGAUGUACAGGCCGAGCUCUGGGCACAGCACUGGCUGCCACUCCUGAGCCAGGCGCUCCGCUCACCUCUGCCCAUCCUGCACAGCAACGCCGCCAACCACCUCCUGCCCUGGACGCUGCGGCAGCUCCCGGCUGCUGGCACACUGCUGGCCGCCCAGUUUGAUGGCGUGGAUACGGCCGCGCUGCGGGCCUGGGUGUCACUGCUGCGGGUGCAGAGGAGCACAUCUGGGGCCAUGCCACUGCGGGCCAAGGCGGUAGCACGGCUGCAGUCUUGCCUGCGUGCCCGCGAGGAGGGCGUGCGGCUGGCAGCGCUGGGAUUGCUGUGCGGCGGCCCCGGGCACAGCUUGACAGGCACCGAGGAGCAGCUGCUGCGGGAGUUCCUGCCGCUCAACCUCAACUGCCACAACUCUGCCUUUCGGCAGCUGCUGCAGGCGGCCCUGAGAAAGGUGCUGGGGCGGCUGCGGGAUGGUGCGCUGGCACGGCUGCGGGGGAAGGACCCCGUGGAGCCAAGGGGCGAGGGAGUGGGACAGCCGGCGCAGGCCAUAGAUUUUGUGGAGUGGCUGCUGCAGCUUUGCAUCUCCUCGCUCACCCCCUGGGCCAACUACCAGAGGAAGAAGACGGCUCUGCUCCUGCUGACGGCCAUUCUGGAGACCUGCACGGACACUUGGAGCCCCGAGAGGAAGAAAGGACAGCCCCCACGGACAAUGGCCAUGCUGUUGGGCCACGCCAGGCAGAGUGGCUGCUGGGACUUCUUCUCCCGGCCCAACCUGCUGGCACUGCUGGGCUGCCUGCAGGACAGCACCAACGAGGUGAGUGCCACCCCCUGCCCCACUCCCCCACCCAUGUCCCCAUUCCCACCUCUCCUCCUCUGGCAGAUCAGGGACAUGGCCUCAGAGCUGCUCAUCCGCUACUUCCCUGCGGCGUUCCCUGAGACCCUCACCCCAGCACUGCUACAGCUGGCCCAGGAUGCCCUCAGCAGCCCGCGCGUGCAGGAGGCGGAAGCCGGAGCAGUGCUCAUGAAGACAAUCCUGCAGAAGUCAGACAGCAGCACCCUGAAGUUCCUGGCCCUGGAGGCCAGCACAGCCCAGACACUGACAAACCGCAGCCUGUACUUCGCCCAGCACCUGUUACGGGUACUGCAGGCCCAGCUUGCCACAGCUCAGCAGAACCUACUGCAGGGAGCAGCCAUGGCACCAAUGCAUGGUGUGCUUGCAGCCCUGCGGAGGUGCCUGCUGCAAGUGCCUGAAGUGGCCACCUGCAUGCGAGCAGCAGAGUUGGCAUACGGCUGGCAGGAGCUGCUCAGCAGCCUGGUGGGCACUACAAGGGACAUCACCUCCCUGCUGCUGGGUGCUCUGCAGAGCCAGCAGGGGCCUGGAGCUGAGCAGCAAGAGGCUUCCCCAUCAUUUGCAGACAUGGGAAAUGCAAUUGGCUCACUCAUCAUGCUGGGGAAGGGCCAGCAGGAGGAGGAAGAGGACUCAGUUCUGCUGUCAGAGGAGCACAGUUUGAUCCUGACAUGCUGUUGGGUCUCAGUGAAGGAAGUUGGGCUGCUGCUGGGAGGCCUGGCUGAGCUGCUGCUGUCAUCCCCCGGAGCAGAGCACCUCCUGCCUCUUGCCAGCCUGCAGACAGCUGCAGCAGUCUUCCAAGAGAUCCUGCUGCGGUGCCGGCACUGGGGAGCAGUGGAGGGCUGCAGCAUGGGCUUCACCAAGUUCUGUGCUGCUCUGCUGAACCACCCUGACACGGAGCUGCAGGCGAUCCCGCAGACCAUACUGGACCGGGGCUUAGAAGCACUGAGUGGACCCCGGAGCAGCUCGAUAACACGCCGUGCUGCCGGCUUCCCCAUGCUCUUCCUCUGCAUCGUCAGUGGGGAAAACCCAGCCCAGGCACGUCCACUCCUGACCCGCUGUAUCCAAACACUGCUAGCCCUGGCCACCAUGGCCCUGCCGCAGGACUGGGACCAAACCCUUGACCUCCCGCAGGUGUGUGCCCUGCACGUGCUGCAGACGCUGGUGCGCGGUGCAGGGCUGGGCACUGCGCUGCUGCGGCAUGCCACCCCGAUGGUGGCCCUGGCACUGCGGGGAUUGGGCUCGCCUUGCUGGGCCAUGAGGAAUGCGGCCAUCCAGCUCUUCAGUGCUCUCACCACACGGCUACUGGGCCAGAAGCAGAGCAGUAGUGAGGGCUGCCUGGUGGAGGGGCUGAGCCUGCCCGCGUUCCUGGGGCAGCACCCACAGCUGGGCACUGUGCUGCUGGCUGAGCUGGGGGAGGCCGUGCCCGGGGGGCCCCACCUGCGCCCUGCACUCCACGCCAUCCUCACACUGCUGGCGCAGCUGCAGCCUGGCCCCGAUGAGCCCAGCGGCCCCUCCACUCACUUCCUGGAGCCGCUGCUGAAGCUGGCGGGGAGCCCCAUCUACGCUGUGCGAGCCAUGGCCGCCAAAGCACUGAUUCCCAUCGUCCCACUGCUGCAGCGCCCUGCUCUGCUCCUGCGCCUGGCCCAGCAGCUUCCCGCACCAGGGGGGGUCCGCUCGCACAACGCUCUGCAUGGGCACCUGCUGCAGAUGCGGGCACUGCUGGCCCCCACCCUGGGCACCGACGCGCUGCCGGCCGAGGCCUUGCACCCCGUGGCCCUGCAGCUGGAGGCCCGGGGCUGGCUGCUCGGCCCUGCCCAGCGCUGCCCGCUUGUCCGUGCCGCCUUCCUCCAGGUGCUCGCCCUCCUGCCCGCCUCCCUCAGCCCCGGCUUCACACAGAGCAUCUGGGAUGCCAUCAGCGCUGAGCUGGGCAACCUCAUGCCGGGCAGGGAGCCAGUCUGUGCCGAGCUGCAGGUGGGUGCAGCCGUCCUCCACCAGACCAUGGCCCGCUUUGCAUGCAGCGAGGCAGCCCGACUGGCUGACAGUGAGAGCAUCCACACUGUCUGCUCGCUUCUGCGACAUCCGCACCCCGAUGUCCACCUUGCCGUGCUGAGCUGGGUGACUGAUGGCAAGGGAGGAGAGUGCGAAGAACUGGAGAGGGCCCUCCGUUUGACACUGCUGGAGAACUUACAGUCAGUGCUGCGAGACAGAGGGAACAAAGAGUUCCUGAGAUUGUACCUUGAGGCUUUGAUGCAUCUUUGCAGAAACUGCCCAUCUUGGUCCCAGGAUGCUUCCCAGAAGCUCCAGGGCUCUGCCUUAGUGUGUGUGGAAAUGCUACUCCUCGUGAUGGAGACGGAGCACCCUGGCCCGGAGCUCCUCUCCCAGGCGCUGUGUGCUGCCAGCCUGCUGCUCACCAUGGGGUUUGGUGACAAGGACGCCCUGCUGGUGCAGCGGUGGUGCGUGAUACUGGAGGCGUGCGCUCAGCCUGCAGCAGAUGAGGUGCUGCGGCUGGCGGCUGCAUGCUCCCUGCAGGCAGCGGGCACCAAGGUGCUGCAGCAAUGCAGGGGGGCUGCUUGCCCCUGGCUCAUCCCUGUGGCACUGCGGGUGAUAAACGUGAGCAUUCACCUCCUGCAAGAUGAGGACCCCGAUGUACGGCACGAGGCUGCAGGUUUUGCGAGCCUGGUGCAGCGUGGUGUGGGGAAGCCAGGAGGAGAUGGCUGCAUCUUCGUGCAGGGCAACGUGGGGCUGCUGGGCCUCCUGCAGCUCCUCCUGGAUGAGUUUGGGCAGCACCCUGAGACCUUCAGCUCGCUGCUGCAGCACCUGCCCCAGCCUGACCUCAGGGCAAUUGUGGAAGACCUGGAAGCUGACACCCCCCCCAGCCUGUACAAGGAGGACGAGCCCAAUGUGUUUGCGGAGCCGGCCGCCCUGGCGCAGCAGCUGCUGCCCUUCCUGCUGCAGCUCCUGGAGAAGGCGCCCAGCUCUGCCCUGCACUGGCUGCAGGCUGCGGGUCCCAGCGUGCUGCGGGACCUGCACUACUGCCAGCAGCGAUGGAGCCACGAAUCAUCUGCACUCUGCUGGAUGAAGGAGCUGGGCUGUGCCGUGCUGCGUGCUGCCCUGGCUGUGCUGCUGGUGAGGGCCCGGCUGGUGGCCCACGCGCUGCGGGCGCUGGGUGAGGAGCAUGGAGCUGUGCUGGGGUUGGGCUGUGGUGCCCAGGAGCUGGAGCAGGAGCUGGUGCUGGUGCAGGGGUUGCUGGCAGAACACGGGCUGGCCCCUGCGCCCCAACAGAACACUGUGCCAGGGGAGCUGGGAGAAGCACAUGGAGACAGCUGAUGGCUGUGGACACAGAGCAGUGUCACCGAGCCCUGUUGUGGGGGGUUCUCGUUCUCGUGGUUGUGUCCUGACAUUUUUUGGGUGCUCCCUGCAGCAUGGCUGCGGGUUCAGUGGUGGAACUCAGGGGUAGCAGGAUGUGUCUGCUCCGUUUGUGCCUGGAUGCAGCAGCACGCAGGGCACAGUGGCAGCUCUCCGUCCCACUGCCACCGGUACGGCAUCGCCCGCAGCGCUCCUGCACUGCUCGCUGGGGUCCGGCUGGGAGGAUGGGACACGCACAGGUGCUCUCACUCCUUGUCAUCCCGCUGCCCUUCCACUACGCCACUUAUUAUCCGGCGUUUUAGCUGUAUUUUGUAUCCAGCCCGGGUUUCUGUAUCAAAUAAAGAGACCCGCAGCA